AUGCCAGACUCUUGUUCCUCCAAAGCACUGACCAACUGCUCCGUGGGAACAUGUCCCCUCAGCUGCGCUCAAGUGAAAUAUCUACCCACGCUUGCUGGCAAUGCCGUCUAUGCUGCUGUUUUUGGGCUGCUUCUGAUCGCGCAGCUCGGGCUCGGCAUUAAGUACAAGACUUUUGGAUUCAUGGUCGGCAUGAUCUGUGGUCUCAUUCUUGAGGUUGUUGGAUAUGUCGGCAGAAUCAUGCUGCAUGACAACCCAUUUGACUUCAACAAUUUCAUCAUCUAUCUCGUCCCCCUAACAAUCGCCCCCGCCUUCCUCACCGGCGCCCUCUACCUCUGCCUCUCCCACAUAAUCAUCGUCUACGGCCAACAAAUCUCCCGCCUCAGCCCGCGCACCUACGCAAUCACCUUCAUGACAAGCGACUUCAUCUCGCUCGUCCUUCAAGGCGCCGGCGGUGGGCUCGCAGCCACAGCCGAUGAUCAAUCCGCGAGCGAGACAGGAAGGGCCAUCAUGGUCGCUGGUGUUGUGUUUCAAGUCGUCUCGCUGCUUGUCUUCACGGGAUUGUGGUUGGAAUUCAUAUUCCGCCUGGGUAGGACGAGUGAGAGCGCCAAGGACGUACGCUUCGUCGAGCUGAGGGACAAGAAGAAGUUCACUUGGUUCCAGUAUGCGCUCGGCGCGGCUGUUGUGCUCAUCUUCAUCCGUUCGGUAUACCGUGUUGCAGAGCUGCAGCAAGGUUUCGAUGGACCUAUUGCCAAUAAUGAGGUGUCAUUUAUGAUCCUAGAGGGGCCGAUGAUUUUCUUGGCAGUGCUUGCGAUGACGGUAUUGCACCCUGGUGUUACGUUUGGUGGUAAGUGGAGCAGCGCGGCUUGUUAUUCGGCUGAGGGGUGA